AGUAAAUAGUUUUUAGGUUUUUACUCUUUGGUUUAUGUUUUGAAUUUUGAUUCGAUUGCGUUUGAGGUUAUAAAUGACGAUAACAAAGAUAAAAAUUACUUAAUUGAAUUAAAAUGACUAUAAAACCGAGAGAAAAAGUAACAGAUGGUGAUGAUGAUCCGGUGGAAUCUAUGUUAAAAAAGGCUGGAUGUCUUGAUUUACAUUACAAAGUCCAGGAGUGUAUUAACACAACAAGAGAUUGGAGGAAAUGUCAAGGAGAAGUUAAUGAUUUCAAGGAAUGUAUUAUGAGGCACAAGCAAGAAAAUGGUAGUAAAAAAUAAUUGUUCUUUUUUUGUAUAAUUAGUUUUAAAUUUUAUUUAUUACGAUUAUGUCUAGAUAUUUAACUGU